GUAAACUCACCAAAAUCUCUUUCCUCUUUCUCGCUCUGUUCUAGAAUUUUCCUUUUCCUUUUCCUCUAUUUUCUCGGAGAUUUUCUCAGUUGCCAAACACCGACAGAAUCUUCUCUUUCCGAUCGUGAUCCCGCCGAUUCGCAAAUUCUCGCUCAGAUUCUCCACACUGAUUCCGCCUUCCAAUUUCGCAAGCUGCAUGAACUGGUGCGAGAAGCUGGAUUCAUCAUCGAACUUGAAUUUGAAUCACAAUCACUUGGCUGUUGUUGUUGUUACCUGUUUGUUGUUGAAUUUUUUCCUCCAUUUUUCGCUCCAAACCCAAUCUCUCUCAAGUAACAAUAAUCGAGAAUUUUAUGGAGUCGAGAAUUAAGAGAAAUCCCCAAUUAACCAGAGCUCCUUGCUAUGGGAAUGUUAGCAGGCAGCAGGAGAGGACACCAUCCGUCAUUGUCAUUGGUGGAGGCAUGGCUGGGAUUGCGGCUGCUCGUGCGCUUCAAGAUGCUUCAUUUCAGGUUGUUCUAUUAGAGUCAAGGGAAAGACUUGGUGGCCGAAUUCACACCGAUUACUCAUUUGGCUUUCCUGUUGACCUGGGAGCAUCAUGGUUGCAUGGAGUUUCCAAUGAGAAUCCACUGGCUUCAGUGAUUGGGAGGCUGGGGCUACCCCUUUAUCGUACUAGUGGGGAUAACUCCGUGCUCUAUGACCAUGAUUUGGAAAGCUAUGCCCUUUUUGAUAUGGAUGGGAAUCAAGUUCCCCAAGAGUUGGUAACUAAAGUUGGUGAAAUAUUCGAGAAUAUUUUGCAGGAGACAGAUAAAGUAAGAAAGGAAUCUGAUGAAGACAUAUCCAUACAUCGUGGUCUUUCUAUUGUUUUUGAAAGGAAGCCUGAAUUGAGGUUGGAAGGGCUUUCCCAUAAGGUGCUUCAGUGGUAUCUAUGCAGAAUGGAGGGCUGGUUUGCUGCAGACUCUGAUACAAUUUCACUGAAAGGUUGGGAUCAGGAGGUACUGCUCGCUGGUGGUCAUGGUCUGAUGGUCAGGGGCUACUUGCCUGUCAUAAAUACCCUAGCCAAGGGUCUUGAUAUUCGCCUAGGGCACAGGGUCACAAAAAUAGUUAGGCGACAUAAUGGAGUAAAGGUGACAGUGGAAAGUGGUAAAACAUUUGUUGCUGAUGCUGCUGUUGUUGCUGUCCCUCUUGGGGUGCUUAAAGCGGGGACCAUAGUAUUUGAGCCAAAGCUCCCGGAAUGGAAGGAAGCAGCAAUUGCUGAUCUCGGGAUCGGACUUGAGAAUAAAAUCGUUUUACACUUUGAAAAUGUUUUUUGGCCUAAUGUGGAGUUCUUGGGAGUAGUUGCAGAUACAUCUUAUGGAUGCAGCUACUUCCUUAAUCUCCACAAGGCUGCAGGUCAUCCUGUUCUUGUUUAUAUGCCUUCUGGACAGCUGGCCAAAGACAUUCAGAAAAUGGCUGAUGAAGCAGCUGCUAACUUUGCUUUCUUACAGCUGAAGAAGAUCCUUCCUGAUGCUACAUCACCGAUUCAGUAUCUUGUGUCUCGGUGGGGCUCAGAUAUAAAUUCACUAGGUUCAUAUAGCUAUGACGCAGUAGGUAAACCCCAUGAACUGUAUGAGAGGCUAAGGGUUCCAGUAGAUAACUUGUUCUUUGCAGGGGAAGCAACAAGUAUGAGCUAUCCUGGUUCUGUUCAUGGUGCAUACUCCACUGGAAUGAUGGCUGCUGAAGAUUGCAGGAUGCGGGUGCUGGAGCGGUAUGGGGAGCUAGAUCUGUUGCAUCCAGCGAUGGGAGAGGAGGCUACCUUGUCCAUCCCACUUCAGAUCUCUCGUAUGUAAUGCUUACAUCGUCGGAUCACACUUCCUCUCCUAAUGGAUAGCAUCCCAUGUUUAACUCUUCAUUAGGAUCUGGUGUUUGUUUCGGCGAUGGUCUGUAUGUAUUAGCGGUCGUAUUAAGUCGUACACGUUCCUAGCUAAUGUUAUGAAGAACUAGUGAUGUGAAUAUUCAUACUUCUUGAGGGCGUUGGCACCUCUAGAGUUUGAAUGAUCUUCUCUGUAAAUGUCAGUCUGAAGUCUAUGAAAACAUCCUGUAACAAUUGGGGUGGUUUCCUAUUAAACUUUCCCUAUGUGGAAAUUGAUCAAAUGAUUAAUGUCUUUUUUUACGACAA